AUGUCUCCAUCAAUCCCAAAAACUCAAAAGGCUGUCGUUUUUGAAACCAACGGUGGUCCAUUGGAAUACAAGGACAUUGAUGUGCCAACCCCAAAGCCAAAUGAAUUGUUGAUCAAUGUCAAGUACUCUGGUGUCUGUCACACUGACUUGCACGCUUGGAAGGGUGACUGGCCAUUGGACACUAAAUUGCCAUUGGUUGGUGGUCACGAAGGUGCUGGUGUUGUUGUUGGUAUGGGUUCUAAUGUUACAGGCUGGGAAAUUGGUGACUAUGCUGGUAUCAAGUGGCUUAACGGUUCAUGUAUGAAUUGUGAAUACUGUCAAAAGGGUGCUGAGCCAAACUGUGCUAAGGCUGACUUGUCUGGAUACUUGCACGAUGGUUCAUUCCAACAAUAUGCCACUGCAGAUGCUAUCCAAGCCGCCAAGAUCCCCAAGUCUGCUGACUUGGCCAAAGCUGCCCCAAUCUUGUGUGCUGGUGUUACCGUUUACAAGGCUUUGAAGACUGCUGAUUUGCAAGCUGGUGAAUGGGUCUGUAUCUCUGGUGCUGGUGGUGGUUUGGGUUCAUUGGCUGUCCAAUACGCCAAGGCAAUGGGUUACAGAGUCAUUGGUAUUGAUGGUGGUGCUGACAAGGGUGAAUUUGUCAAGAAGUUGGGUGCUGAGGCCUUUAUUGACUUCACCAAGGAGAAGGAUAUCGUUAAAGCUGUUCAAGACGCUACCGAUGGUGGCCCACACGGUGCAAUUAACGUUUCCGUUUCUCCAGCUGCUAUUGACCAAUCUGUGCAAUACCUUAGACCAUUGGGUGUCAGUGUUCUUGUUGGUUUGCCAGCAGGCGCAAAGGUUAGUGCCAGUGUCUUUGACUCGGUCGUUAAGUCCAUCCAAAUUAGAGCAUCAUAUGUCGGUAACAGAAGAGACACUACCGAGGCAUUGGACUUCUUUGCUAGAGGCCUUGUCGACUGUCCAAUCAAGAUUGUGGGUCUUAGUGAGUUGCCAGAAGUUUUCAAGUUGAUGGAGGAAGGUAAGAUCUUGGGUAGAAUGGUUCUUGACACCUCCAAGUAA